UCAGACAUGAGGACAAACAUGAAAACUUUUCAGUAGGAUUGCCAGCAAUGAAAGCUCCAACAGAUCGUCAGGAAUACCAUCGUCAGAAUACAUCUAAGGUUAACACACCGUCCACUCCAUGUAGAAGGAUGGCAAGAUGGAAACUUUUACUCCAUAUGAUGCUGAUUUCAUUGAUGAGUUUAUUGCAGCUGCAGAUGGUAAACGGACAACAAGCGGCAGAAGAAUCCUGCACUAUUCAGAUCCUUGUCCCUGGAUUAAAAGGAGAAGCGGGGCUAAAAGGAGAAAAAGGAGCUCCUGGCAGACCAGGAAGAGUCGGCCCUCUUGGAGAGAGCGGACAACCCGGAAUCAAAGGACAAAAAGGAAUUAUGGGACAUCAUGGAAAAUUUGGACCAAGAGGGAUUAAAGGGGUUAAAGGUGACCUGGGUGACCCUGGUCCACGAGGCCCCAAUGGAGAGCCUGGUGUUCCAUGCGAGUGCACACCAAUGAGAAAAAUGAUUGGAGAAAUGGAUAUUGUUGUGGCCCAGCUGUCCUCAGAACUAAACUUCAUUAAAAACGCUGUUGCAGGCAUAAAAGAGACAGACAGUAAGGUGUAUCUGUUGGUGAAGGAGGAGAAGAGCUACGCCGAUGCAGAGGCUUACUGCCAGGCGAGGGGAGGGCACCUGGCCAUGCCGAAGGACGACGGGGCCAAUGCGCUCAUCGCCGGCUAUAUAACAGAAGCAGGCCUGAGCAGAGUCUACAUCGGGAUUCACGACCUGGACCGUGAAGGAGUCUUCACCUACGUGGACGGAUCUCCCAUGACCACCUUCAGCAAAUGGAGGAAAGGAGAACCCAACGAUGCCUUUGACGAUGAGGACUGUAGUGAGAUGGUUGCCUCUGGGGAGUGGACUGAUGUGGCGUGCCAUCCUACAAUGUUCUUCAUUUGUGAAUUUGAUAAAAACUACAUCUGAUUUUGAUCAGCAAAAAGAGAUAAAACAAAAAAAACGCGACUAAAUGUACCAUUUGUGAUGAAAAGUCCUGUAAAUAGAAAAAACUCCAAAAACAACAUGAAAGCCGUGAAAAAAAGCAGGGUGUUCUGUUUUAUUAUGCAGUAGUACUAGCAGUAACAAGCCAUUUAUUUGCAAGAUCCUAAAGUUUGUUUUAAAUUCUUAUUCUAAUCUUGUCCUCAGUACUAUAUUCUAUAAUUCUUCCACACUUCUGGCCACAUAUCAGUGUACUGAGUUUUUAUGGUAUGCAAAUAUUCUGUAAGUCUCUUUGACAAACAGGGUAAAUAAGCAGAGAGCUA